AUGGCAGCCACCACCACCACUAGCAAAUACAUUUUGUACGGUUCAGCGCGCAGCUCCUGUGCCUGGCGAGUGCGAGCCGUACUCGAGCACAAAUGCCUGCCCUACGAGUACCGCCCGGUGGCCAUCUACAGCGGGGAGCAGCACUCGGCCGCCUACCGACGCCUCAAUCCGGCGCAGAUGAUUCCCGCUCUGGUGGUGGUGGUGGUAAGCGGGGAAGAGGGAAAGAGCACCACCGAAACUCUGCACGAAUCACUGGCCAUCAUCGACUACCUGGAGCGAGUUCACCCCAGCCCCUCCAUCUACCCGGCUGACCCUCUGACCAGAGCGCGGUCAGUGGCCAUCGCCGAGAUGAUCGUCAGCAGCAUUCAGCCGGUGUCCAGCUUCAAGUUUAUGAAGACGUACGCAGAGGCAAAUGGCGGUGAUCAACAGGCGGCCCUUUCCUUUAGCACUCAGUGGAUUGCCUACAAGUUUGACCGACUGCAGGAGCUGAUUGAAAUGUACAACGGCGGCGGCGGAAAGGAAAGUGCAAGCAGGAAGUUUGUCAUUGGCAAUCAGCUUUCUAUUGCCGACAUCUGCCUGGUGCCGCAGCUGUACACCGCCGCCCGCUACAAGGUCGACCUGGGGAGGUGGCCACUGCUGAACGCCCUCUACGAACAACUGCUCAGCGAAGAGGCGGCUCUCUUCAAGGUCAGACCGGAGGCAAUGGCUGACUUUCACACAACCUCAUCAUUUGUCGAUAAUGACAAACAGUAA